AUGUUUUUAAAGAAAUUAACAAAAUGCGAGCGCGAGACGCUAAGGGCACAACGGCUCGAAACGCAACUGAUAACAGCGCGCGCAAGAGCAGAUAAAAGCUUCACUUAUGUCGUAAAUCCACCAGAAAUUCCACGCGUAGCCUUCGGCUCCGGCAUGGAGCGUAUUACCCUACCGAUUUCAGGGUCUGGUCUAUCACCAUUUAUGCGUAAAAUACAAGGCGAAGUGCGCGAUUUUCCUGGCCCAUUUGAAUAUUACAACACCAAGGGACUGGAUAAAAAAUAUCCUUCAACUCUCGGCUUUUCAUCUUUUGCAAGCAGACUACCACGCCUACCGCCCACUGAAGUAUCGCGAAGCCCGUUCGCAUACAACGUUGUGCCAAAGAAGAAACUCAAACAAGUGGCGUGUCCAUUCAAUGUGGGUACCAAGAGAGAUGAUCUAAAGAAACUGGUAACACCAAGCCCAGCCGAUUACGCAUCUAUCAAACCCAAACCCAGCAUGAAGAUAUGCUCUGCUUUCGGUUCUAAACGCAUCAUUUGGCCUGCAGUUGCGAUUAUUUGCACGCCAAUGAACACAGCAAAAUGUUCGAAGUGCAAUAAGACACCCAUUGGCGAUUAUUAUCAUCAAUUUCAAUUGAAUUUGGAUAUGUGUCGACGUUGCAUGAAUAAGCAGUUGCAUAUGCUGAAGCGUUGCUCCACGGAUAAGUUCUAUCGCGCGCGCAUGCACUACGAAUUGGAUCUAUACAAACCGGUGAGGUACUGCGGCUUCUUCCACGACCAUCAAGGCACUACGGCUGCGAUUCAGCAUAUGCCCAUAUCGACGCUGAAGUAUAAAAUCAAGACGGAAAAUUAUCUUUACAUGUUUAAAAAGUGAGAGGACAAGGGAGAGGAGUAUAAUUUUAUAUGGUCUUUUAUAAAGAU